GCUCAGGGAGCCGGGACACGUGCGGACUUACGAGCUGAUUCCGUGGAACGAAACUCCGGGGGACAGAGAGGAGGAAGGCCCGCGAGAGGGGGUAGUGACGCCCUGUGAGGUUGCCCCCCCUGCGUCUCAGUGGGUUGCAGUUGUUGUCCGGCUCUGGCUGGGCACCACGAACCACACAGAAGUGCGCGGCCCCUCGAUUCUGCUCCCCAUUUCUAACAGGUCUCGCUUUGGGCUAAAACGGGUUAGAAACCACGCCCUCAAUGGCAGACUUCACUUUAGUCCUGAAAGCCGUCAUUGUCAUCGUCACUGAUGGAGCAGACGUGAGCAAAACUAACUCCGUCCCUCCGACCCAGAUUUCUUUUCAUUGUUUUAAGUUUCGUGCUGUGACCUUUGACCGACCUCACUGUCCUUGACGAGCACAACAAAGCCGAUGAUUAUCUGUGUUCCUUAAAGUGCAGCGUAAAUGCUUGUGGGAGCCACGGCCAGAACCCCAGAACCGCAGCAACACAGAGAUGAGUGUCAGACCGGGACGAGCAUUGGUUGUAAACAACCGUCGGUCACAGGGGGUCUGGCCCCCGGCCUGCGGCAUUCCUCCCCCCUUGGCCUUGUCAAUCAUCCGGACUGAGUCGCUCAGUAGAAAAGAUACUGCCCCAGGGGUCUGGUCACGGAGGACAGUCGGCCCACAGUGGCUGGGCUGUGGAUUCGGCUCUAACCCGAUCGUCCCGUGCGUCACUUCCUCGCCACAUGCUCCAUCACGCUCUGCGGAGGUGCCUGCUCCGCCUUCCCACCGGCGGAUGCUUCUGACCGCGGUGGCCAGGGCACCCGCGCCCACCGGCAGACACUCACCGAAGGGAGAGGAAGAAAGAGACGCAGAUCAGCGAUCAGCAGGGACCCAGUACUGCGGAAGAAAAGCUUUUAAAUCUAAGGGAAAGGAGGGUCGAAACCCGAGGGCAACCGAGUCCGGGGCUGGUGCUGCCGGCCGCCGAUCAGCCAAAGGUGGAGGGUUACAACCCUCACAGCCACCCCAGCUCGAGCUUUCAGAAGCAGGUUUAUAUAGAGACGCGUGGGGAUUUGGGAGGGAAGUUCCCAGGGGAGCUCGGACAGGCAGCUUCUCGGGUGUAAGGGGAGGGGGGGCUGCCAGGGGAGGGGGAGGCCUCUUCCCAAGCUCCUGCCCUGUGCGUGGUGCUGCCUCUCUGUCCCCCACCCCGUGUGGAGCACAGCCAGGGAGGCUGUGUGUCCUCUGGUCGGGGAGGAGAGGGGCGACCACCCACUCACAAGUGUCCGUGGUCAGAGGACAUAAGCUCGUGCUGUCAAACUCCCGGGCCUCGUUGCAUUUCUGUGUCUGCCUUUCCCUGUUCCGCUUGCCCAGGAAUCUUUCAGCCUCUUGCUCUCCUGUGCUCAGGUCAGUGGCCCUGACUGAACCGUCAGGCACCUCAUGUUUCCCAAACUCUCCAGGCAGGAGAAGGGGUGCCAGGUGUCUGGAUGCUCGCCUUCCUCCGGAGGGGAUCCGAGGGUGGGGAUCAGAUGACAGGCAGGGACGUUUCAGAGGGAGGUCCCUGGGCUAGUUAAAACGGGAGUAGAAUCGCUUCUGCUUGACCCGAGGGACUCCACUCUGUCCUCACUCCAUUGCGCAGGGCCGUGGCCCACGGGGUCCUGCCCUGACCCUGGAGCUUCACCUGCCCUUGGCCCCCGGCAUCUCCAGCAGCCACACCGUGUCCCCCAGGUAGCCCAGGGCUGGCCCCGGGGCCCAGUCUGCAGAGUCUUCUAACCGAAGAGAGGAGAGCCGUGGUCUCCGCUUUGACCGCCCCGCCUGUCCUUCCCUGCUGGACCGGUCUCGUUGACAGCAAAGGCUGAAGCAAGAAGAGCCGCAGAAUAUUCUGCCUCCUCUUGGUUCUCCACGAACAAAACACCUUCUAGCCAGAGGAAAGGCCGUCUUUCGUGUUUCCUGCUGCCAAUGCGGUUUCUCACCUUCUCAGCUCCUCCCGGGGCAGCGGUCUCCGCUGGUAACCUGGCUAGAAGGUUCCAGCUGCUCUGAAACGAGCCUCGGGCCUCUUCCUGUUGACUCAGCCCUGGGGGCAGGCGGCCUUGGUUUGUUCUGAGACAUUUGGAAAGAACCUUCCUACAGUCUGAGAUUUCAGCCCCUCCCACCGCUGCCACGACUGGGCUCCAUUUCUCCGCUUCGUCCACAGGGCCUCGUGCGUGUUUUAUGUCACAGGAGGGAUGGGGGGGCUGCAUGGGGGGGAGGGCGCAGGCUGAACAAUGGUGCUCUACAAGAUACGGGGGUCCCGAUUCAUGCAACCAGGAAUGUGGUCUUUGCAAAAGGGGCCCGUGGGGACAGGAUUAAAUUCAGGAUUCUGAGGCAGAAGUGUCACGGAGCCCCACCAGUGGUGCUCUGGAACAGCGUGGGGUUCGAGUGCCCACUGCCAGGAAGCUCCACUCCCAAAGCAAGACACUGGUGAGAAAGGGGAGGGGCUGUCCCUGUGCGGGUCAUACAGGGUUAGAAUAAGGGCAGAAGUCUGCCGUUAAGUCCUGCUCCCUUAAAACCCCCAAAACACACAGCCCUGCCUCCCUCUGCCAAACCAGGCGGAUUCCAGCGACGGCCCACAGCGUGGGCAGCUCAGCGCUCAGGUUGCAGCUCAGCUCCGAGCCCCUCUCAGGGACUGCAUGCGCCCCCGCAGCUCUGCCUGCCACCACCGUCCUCUCCGGCAGGCAGGCCUGCAGGCGGGCAAGCCUCAUGGCCGCGCCCGGCACACCACCUCCGACCCCGUGGCUGCCUCGGCCUUCAGCCCACCCAGAUGCAAAUGCUCGGCUCGGAACUUCCCCCAGGCCCCCACCCGGCCCUUCCUGAGGUGCGUCAGCCAUCCCGUCAGCUCCCCAGUGUCUUUGACCCUCCUCCAGCUGCUGUCUUCAAUCAGGGCCAGGGUCACCGGCGACGCACCAGCAUCCAGGUGCCCCUGCUGUGUCACGAGUCCCUGCGUGUUCUCACAGUUACUGUGCGGUUCCGCAGCUCCCAAGGCCUCCCCUUCGGGAAGGCGGGGCUAUCACCUGCCUCUGCGGUGCCGUGGGCCUUAACCUCUGCACUGUCUGAUGCCUCCUGUAGGCAGGACUGGGGUGGUCCCUUACUACCAGGGGACCCAUGCCCUGGACCCCUUACAAAACACGGUCCUGGAUGAUCUGGGCGGACCCUCGAUGCCCUCACGAGUGUCCUCGUGUGAGAGGCGGAGGUAGCUCACACACAGAAGAGGACAGCACGACCCCCGUCAGGGGAGGCCUGCAGCCUCGGGCACCCGGGGAGGCCAGGAGCAAGCUCCUUCCUGGCACCUCCUGAGAGCGCAGCCUGGCAGAGCUCCGGGCUCAGGCUCGGCGGUAGUGAUGGGGGGGCAACCUGGUUCUCUCCGGGACCCGAGAGAACCCACUUCCACUGCCCUCAGACCCUCGGAGUGCAGCUCUUUCUUACAGCAGCCUCAAGACACUCACCGGGAUGGGGAAGCCGCCCUGCCCGGGUGGGGGGGG